AACUGCAGCCACUGGAGCAGUUCCAACUUGAAUUCGUGAAUUGACACAGUUAGUUUUCUGAACUAAUAUUUGGCGCAAUGGUGGUUAAUUUAUAACGAUUGUGUUGGAUUGUGUUUUAUUCAACGAUAUUGAAUGAUCUAAAGUGUGAAAAUAUUUAAAGAAAAUGAUGCUACAAAAUGCUGAGAGCACUAGUAGUGCGGGGAAGCUCUUAUCUGCCCCCACAAAUCUGGAAGAAACUGAAACUGUUUACUCAAGAGUAAAUUGUAGUUACAAAAGCCUUUCUGAAAGGUUUGGACUGCAGUCUAAGGAUUUUUCAAGACAAUUUGCUCAUAUUUAUGCAGUACGGCUUACGAAAAUGCGUGAGUUAUUGACGAGAAGAGUACGUAACAGAUGGGGACCAGAUGUUCGAAUACGAAAAUUAUUUGAAUUGCAAGAAGAGGGAUCCAGAAAGUGUGUUAUCCUUGGAACAAUUUUCAAGCAUCAGGAAUUGAAACCUAGUAUACUGAAAGAAAUUAGCGAAGAGCACCAACUAAAGCCACAGCCACCAAGAACUCUCUUUUUUGAUGACAGUGACCAGCUCAUAUUGGAAGAUGAACUUCAGAGAAUCCAACUUAUUGGGAAUUUGGAUGUCCACUUAGUUGUAACUGGAGUGGUGUGUGCUGUGCUUGGUCAUGAGGAUGGUGAUGGCAAAUUUCUUGUGGAUGAUUACUGUUGGGCAGGUGUGUCUGAACCUGUACAGCGCCCUCUACAAUCCACAGAUGACAGGUUUAUUGUUCUUCUGAGUGGGUUGGAUCUGGCCAACAGUGGUGAUACUUUGCUUCCUCUUCAGUUAUUUGUUGACUGGAUUGGCGGUUUCUUGGGGGACAUGGGGGAGCAGCAACAUCAGGCUCAUGCUGUGCGUGUGCUUAUAGCUGGUAAUUCUGUGAAGGGCUGUGCUGAACACAAGACUCCUUCUUUGCCUAACACUUACAAAGCUAAUACUGGAGAUUCUGUCAUUUUGGAUGCCACAAAACUGUUGGAUGAUUUCCUGGUUCAGUUAGCCUCUUCAAUUGAUGUAGACAUCAUGCCAGGAGAAUUUGAUCCAUCAAACCACAUGAUGCCUCAGCAACCACUCCACUACUGUAUGUUUCCACAGGCUUCUAUGUACCAGACAUUACACGGUGUACCAAAUCCUUAUGAGUGUGAAAUUGGAGAGCGACGUAUACUUGGGACAUCAGGCCAACCAAUAGAUGAUAUUGCUCGUUACUGUAAACUUACUGAUCCCAUUGAUAUAUUACAGCAUACUUUGGAAUGGGCACAUCUUGCACCUACCUGCCCAGACACUCUGUCUUGCUACCCAUAUUACCAGGAGGAUCCAUUCAUAAUUUCUGAGUGCCCAGAUAUCUACUUUGCAGGCAACCAGCCUGAGUUUCAGUCCAAACUGUAUGAAGGCCCCGAAGGACAGCGAGUGAGGCUUAUCUGCAUACCAGCAUUCUCUAAAGCUCAUUCCUGUGUAGUUGUCAACUUGAACAAUUUGGACUGUUACCCAGUAUGUUUUAGUACGUCAGAUUCCAUGGACCCAGGACCAGACAAAUAAAAGAAAAUUCUGUAAGACAAAGGCAGUAGCAGACAUGGAGCAUGUAAUGAUUAGCAGCCAUGGUAUAGAUGAGAGGGAUAUGAGCAACCUGGUAAGUAUGUAUUACCAUUCAGAAAGAUUGCUGGAUGUGGAAGCUCUCAGAGACUGUAGCACUUUAUGAAAGGCAGUUAUUCCGUUGGAAGAAGAAGUGCUCGGAAAUUAACUGGCAAUCCAUUUUCGCCUUACAGAUCUUACAGUCUAGAACAGAUUGUACUCACCUCCUAUGAUCACAGGAUAUUCCAAGGAAAGUUAUCGUUUUAAUAUUCAGUCUCCAGGGAAGAUGCCUUCAUUAGCUGGCUGAGCAGUCUUGAAAUACGGCAUAAGGAAAAUGUGGGAGAGAGCAUGGUAUCUGUGUGUAUACAGAGGAUAAAAAAACGAAGGAAACGUUUUAAUUCCAGCUUAAUCCUGAAUCAUGCAAUCUUGAGUUCAUGAUUGUUGGCACCAUAUGGCAGAAAAUGAUAAUACCUUUGUAAUUAAAAACUUGUUUUUAUUGUGAGAUUUGAGAUAAUGAUCAUAGUGACUGUGAAGAGUACUGUCUUAUGGCAUGUGACAUUUUGCUGUCAAGCGGAAGUUUACUGACAUUUUGAAGGAAUAUUAAUAAACUUCUAGCAGACUGCAUGGUGUCACAUCUUGAAAGGUUGUUCAUUAUUUGCUAUUAUGUACUUUGUUCGUACAGUUACAAAGAUUAGGGAUGUGGCAAUGAAAAGUAUCAUUACAUUGUGAUUUUCAAGUGAUUUUGUAUGUUUUGAAAGUGUAAUCCACACUUGUUAUUAAUAAAUGAUGAACCACUGUAAUUUCCCAUAUUUGUAUGGUAGUUUAUCAUAAACCUACAGAUUUGGUAUGAAAUAUAUUUGAGUUGGUUUAAAAUUGUGAAGUAAUAUCUGACCUGGUUCCUAGUUUUGAAACCCCUGAAGUAAAAAUUAGUAGAUAGCUUUGAUCCUGAUGUAUUGUGUGGGUGUGAAGGCCCAAUAGUAAUUAAGGUUUGGAGAAGUAUAUAGUUGACCAACCGUUGUUGACUAUACAGUGUUGAAGUACAUCUCAUUCACCAAGUAAAGUUCCCAUUCAUGAAAUAGGAGGGGUGGAGAGGUUUGAAGAAGAAAGGAAAACAAGGUGAAAAUAGAAGUGAGAAGAAUAGAAAGUAUUUUGUUGUAGAAUGAUUUCAUUCCAUUUCCUGUUGGUUGUUUACUUUUUCAAGUGUUGGUCUCCCACGACUGCAAAAUGAAAAGGUCAAGUGUUUUAGCCAUCUUCAAUUCUAAUAACUUCCUCUGCAGAGAAACUCAGUGUGCUUGUUUGUUACCAUUCAAUUGAUUUUCCUUUUUAAAAAGGUAAUAUUUUUUAAGUUUCUGUUACAGUGAAGUCUGUUUGAUUUGGUACCUUAAUAAAUCAAGGAAUAGCUCUGAAUAUAAAGAUGUGUUGAGGAAACUGAAUGGACAUAAAAUUGUGUAAAUAAAUAAAGUAUGGAUUUUAUUGUUGAUGAUCGUUUCUUUGAGGUGAUGCCAUAUUUGUAAUAUGAAAUAUUAAGUAAGGUGUUUGGACAGUACAGUCUGUGAUCAUUGAUUAGAAUACAGGAAAGUAUGUAUUCAUCAUAGAGGCUUUUGGUACAGAGUUAUGGUUUUGAAAGUGGAUAUGUCGUGGAUCCAUUUUCUGUUCUCAGGAAGUAUGGACUAGC